AUGAACAUUGAUAUUAACGAUAUUUUAGCUGAACUUGAUAGAGAUACGACAGUAGUUGAUGAGUUGGGUAUCAGUUUGAGCAGUGAUGGUGGAAAUACGACUAAGUUCAACUCUUCAGAAAAUUAUCAGGAGAAGGAUGGGAUGCAGAGGGAUGUUGGUAACAAAGAAGCACGAGCCCUUGUGAAUAGACAGCCACAGCGCCAACAUUUCUCUGCUACAAGAGAUUUUGAAGAAUUGAUGAGAGUAUGGAGGAAUGAAAGGUGUGCCCCAGAACUUCUGCCGUACCCGCAACUUCUUAUUGGGAGAAUGAUGAAACGUAUUCAAAGCCAGAUGGAGACCAUCGAAAAUAUCUCAAUGGGGUUUCUAGAAGACACACUCAACGCUUCAACCUAUAGUUCGAAUAAUGGAAGACCAAGUGCAGAAAAUGAAGAUGAUAUUUAUGGGAAUAGUAACAUUGAUAAUAACAACAAUAACAACAAUAAACUACCGUUAUUGUGCAUGGAAGCGGAGAUAGAGAGAGUUAAGUUUGUUAUAAGAAGCUUGCUGCGAUGCAGAUUACAUAAAAUCGAUAGGUUUUCACUUUAUCUAAGACAAGUAAUGGAUGCAUCAGAAGUAGAGUAUGAUAUUUUAUUAUCGGAUGACGAAAAGCUAUAUCACGAACGUCAUUUUAACAUUACAUUGAAGUUAUUCAACAAUUCAAUAUUGAAAAACCUUCCAGUUGAGUUGCAAACAAUAGAUGACACAGAAGGUAGUGUUUCGAUGAUAGACUUUCCUGACUGGAAGAAAUUUGUCUUUGUAUAUGUGAAAGAAGUUGACAUUGAUCAACUUGGUUUGGAAGGCACUUCCGAGUUAGGUUUGACCAAAAACGAGUUUGGUAAACACUGCUACACCGUGACAAUUGAUGAUCUAGAUGAAGAAGUCGAGAUGUCCCUAGGAGGUAUAUAUGUCAUGCGUUACGAUUCAGUACGCCAAUUACUAGUAGACAGUAAAGUUCAAUUGAUUUAG